AUGUAUAAUCGGAGAUGCUCUAAGCUUAUUGAGUUAUUUCAAUUAAGUGAGGAAAUCCAUGUUAUUAAGGAUUCGAGUCUCGUCUUAGAUAUGAGUGAAAUUCGUGAAGCGCAAAGGUUGGGUUUUAUAUUCUUCUCAAUUUCUCUCGCUACAACCAUUUUUGAUUUUGGUUCCAAAUCUCAAACCCUAGGUGAAGAUAAGGUUUGA